AUGGCCAACAUCAACGUCCGCCGGGAUGUCACCGAUCCCUUCUACCGCUACAAGAUGGAGCGCCUGCAGUCCAAGAUCGAGGGCAAGGGCAACGGCAUCAAGACCGUCAUCGUCAACCUGAGCAAUGUCGCCCAGCAGCUCGCCCGUCCCCCUUCGUAUGUCAUCAAGUACUUUGGCUUCGAGCUCGGCGCUCAGACCAACAACAACCCUGCCGACGACCGCUGGAUCAUCAACGGCGCCCACGAAGCUGCCAAGCUCCAGGACUACCUCGACGGCUUCAUUUCCAAGUUCGUUCUCUGCAAGAAGUGCAAGAACCCCGAGACCGAUGUCAACAUCAAGGACGGUCGCAUCCUCCUCGACUGCAAGGCUUGCGGUCAGCGCACCGACGUUGACCUCCGCCUCAAGCUCAGCUCCUUCAUCCUGAAGAACCAGCCCAAGAAGGGCAAGAAGGACAAGGCCACCAAGAAGGCCGAGCGCCGUGCUAAGAAGGCCAACGGCGAAGAGGAGCAGAACGGCGGCAGCGGCAGCAACGGCGACAGCGGUUCCGAUCACGGCGACGAGAAUGGAGACCUGGAGCUUGAGGCCGGCAGCGACGAUGAGCUCACUCGCCGCAUCAACGCCGAGGCCAAGGACAUUGAGGUGGUCGAGCCCAAGGAGGUCGAGUGGUCCGUCGACACCUCCGAGGAGGCUGUCAAGGCCCGUGCCAAGGACCUCCCGGACGACCUCAAGCGUGCUCUUGUCGUUGAAGAUGGCGAUGAGGGUGCUGAUGGUCCCAACGCGUAUGACCAGCUUGGCACCUGGAUUCAGGAGACGGUCAAGACCAAGGGCGGCGUCAGCAAGGUGGAGGACGUUGAGAUCUACCUCAAGGCUAAGGAGUUCGGUAUCGAGACCAAGCACAGGACGCUCACCGUCCUCGCCCAGACCAUCUUCGACGACAACAUGGUCAAGCAGAUCGACAACCGUGCUCCCAUGCUGAAGAAGAUGAUUACUUCGGAGAAGCACGAGAAGGCUUUCCUGGGCGGUAUCGAGCGCUUCGUUGGCAACGACAAGCCCAACCUCAUCCCCCAGGUGUCUGCCAUUCUCAUGAAUGUCUACCAGAACGACCUUGUCUCCGAGGAGGUCCUCAAGGGUUGGGGCAGCAAGGCUAGCAAGAAGUACGUUGACCUGGCUACCAGCAAGAAGGUCCGCAAGUCGGCUACCCAGUUCCUCGAGUGGCUCGAGAACGCUGAGAGCGAUGAGAGCGAGGAGGAGUCUGACGACGAGUAA